AGUAGGUAGUUAUUGGCCAGUAGAGUGGUACGAUAACCUUGACAUAUGCGCGGCUGUUUUCCUCUCAGUCAAAGUCCAAAUCACCUGAUAGGAUGGACUUGGGGCCAUCUUCUGUCUUUAUUUGAAGGAGAAUAAAUUUCUUCCCUUCUCUUCUUUGGACUCUCAAUAUACAAUCUUAUCAUCCAUGGCAUCCUUGGACUUCUCCUACCGUGAGGAAUCAGCAAGCAGUUCUAGCAGUAAGGAGGAGUACACUGAAGCUCGAGAGAGUGUAUAUCUGGACAAUGGAGUAGAUGAGACAAUGGCAGGUCCAAGUCGUGUGCAGACUCCAUUAAGUGUGAACACAGUGUCUGAUGGCUUGCCCAGUAUGCUGUUGGACAGUGACUUUUCCGAUGGUGAUGAGGAUUUCCAUGUUCCACUUGGUUCUCAGCAUACUAUUAGGAAAACAGAGAUCGGGCCCCUUCUCCAGUCAAAAACACCAAACAUCUUAACAGUGUGUGAGGAAGAUCAGGCAGAGCCUGCUGUGUCCAUUCUCUCUGUGCCUAGCAAGUGCGCAGAGCAGGCAGAAGAGUUUGUUCGUAAGGUAUGGGCUGCUGGUUGGAAUGUAGUGCACCAUCAUACACUUCCUGACUGGUUGAAGGAUAAUGAUUUUUUGCUGCGUGGACAUCGCACACCUACAAACUCUUUCGUAGCCUGCUUCAAGUCCAUCUUUCGCAUUCAUACAGAAACUGGCAACAUAUGGACACAUCUUCUAGGCAUGAUAGCAUUUUUAGGAAUUGCAGUUUACUUUGUCACCAGACCAACUAUUGAAGUUCAGUGGCAAGAAAAAGCUGUGUUUUCUGCCUUCUUCAUUGGGGCCAUUCUUUGUUUAGGAUUUUCCUGGAUUUUUCACACAGUGUACUGUCAUUCAGAACGAGUGGGUCGAUUCUUCAACAAGCUGGAUUAUUGUGGCAUAGCCCUGCUAACAAUCGGCUCUUUUGUACCCUGGCUAUACUACAGUUUUUAUUGCCGCCUGGAGCCUAAAAUCACCUACUUGGUCCUCAUCUUUGUUCUGGGUUCACUGUGUAUUGUGGUCUCUAUGUGGGACAAGUUUGCCCAGCCUCAGUAUCGUCCCCUCAGAGCAGGUGUGUUUGUGGCCCUGGGAUUAAGCGGUGUGAUCCCUGCAUUACACUAUGUCAUCACUGAUGGGUUUUGGCAUGCUAUUCACAAGGCUGCUCUAGGCUGGUUGGUCCUUAUGGCCAUUCUCUACAUUCUUGGUGCUGUCAUCUACGCUGUUCGUAUUCCAGAACGCAUAUUUCCUGGAAAAUUCGACAUCUGGUUUCAGAGUCAUCAGAUCUUUCACAUGUUUGUCCUGGCAGCAGCCUUCGUCCACUACCAUGGCAUUUCAGAAAUAGCCAACUAUCGCCUGACACUGGGAGACUGUCUGGAAUCUAGAUCGGAAGUGAUGUAACCAAAGCAUCUAAAAUAAAAUGGACAACUUAGUUCAUGAUAUUAUUCCCUCAGCUGGGUCAGCCUGAUAUGCUUUACAGGCAUUCAUUUACGUUCUGUUGGGGUGGUUUUGCCAACACUUUGGUAAUAGAUUAAUCCUUCUCCUGUGUGAUUUCUCACUUUCACUUUUCAGUCUUUCCCUGCUUUCACACUACUUCCUUUUCUGUUUGUAUGUGUACAUGUGUGAAUGCAGGCUUAAUUAGAUGCAUAUGUUCCAGUUCAUCUGGCAUAAUGUUUUUUUUCACUGAGCUAUGCCAGAUGCUAGAAAGUCUUGUCAAUAGCUGAAAUCAAAAUGUGCAUAUCAGAAUAUAAGUAAUGAUGAUUGAAUUAUCUCUUUAGUAUUCAUUCUUUUCCUUCUGCAUUCUUCUGUUUUCUUUUAGCAUCUCAUUUUUCUAACUCUUCUCUCUGUGUGGGUUUGUUUUACUCUCCUUAAAUAUAAUUUCUUGCACGUCACCUGCAUGUGCUGAAUUAUUCCAUAUUUUUUUAAAGAGGAACAAUCCUUUACUUUAAUGACAUGUCCCCUUUAGAGACUGAUCUGAUAGAUGUCUUUCAAAAUCCAUUUAGUUUGACAUGUUUAAGUUCUUGAUGAUGUAAGCAUUUUAUUUUUACACUCAUAAUUCUACCUUUUUGACCCAAUAAGUUAAAAAUAGAAGUCCUUACAGGUUAUGUCACAAAUAGAAGAAAUAAAAGGAUGUAUCUGAGGCACUUACAAAGUUUUGAUCUUUGGUCCAUUGGCUUUGUGCUUUCCAGCAGAAAAUAGGUUUUUCUUUUGCUUAAAUUAGUGUUAAGUUACAAAACCAGAUAAAGUUGUUUUUGAUAUGCUUACUACUGAUUGCAUCAGUAUGUAAAUAUUGGGACUGAUCAAUAGUGAGGAUAUGUGGUGAUGGGUUACAUUUACCAGAGAUAUUUAUCUGAAAAAGGAUCUCCCUAAGUUUUUCGUUUAAUAAAAUGACCAGUAAGAAAUCAAGAUUUUUGGAUAUUUUGAUAUGCAUUAACCUGAGCCCUAAUACCAUUUAAAAUUUAAUUAAAUUGUAUGGCCAAAACUUCCUUGGAUGAUUUCUGGCUAAAUACUAAAAAAAAGGAAGGUAUAUCAGCUUAAGAUGGUAUUAUUGAGUCAUAUCACCUCUGCCUCAGAUUGUGCAGUUUAAUAUGAGUGAGAACACCAUCUCAGUUAUUUUUAUUGUUCAAGCUUUCCGUUCAAAUGUAGAGCAUGCACAUUCAUGUUUCUCAGCAUGAUAGCAAGUGUCCAUCAUUGCAUUGCUACAGGAAGUUUUGUUUAAUAUUUGUUUUCUUUUAAACUUAACAUUGUGAAAUGAAAAGUAUGUGGUGGCGAUGUCACGCUUUGUGACCUUUCUUGCCAUUGCACCUUGUUAAACUGAGGUUAGCAAAAUGAAUGUGCACUCAUCUACAAAAAUAAAUGGGGAUCAAAGCUUACGUAUGUUUACAUACAAUAAAAGAACUAGGAGUAUUAAAGAGUAGGAGACUAUUUUUAUAUUACCAUUUCUUGAAAUUUAAUUUAGAAGCACCUAAAUCGUAUAUUUAUUUGCGUGGAAAUUGUGUUCAUUUGACACACACAUAAAAAAAGUCUGUGAAAGGUUGUAAAUGGGUGUUUGCUGUGUUAAUAACAAACGAAUAUUGUUGCCUUUAUUUUAUAAUCUGGUAGCAAGCUAUUGCAUACCUUGCAUCUGUACACAGAUUACUGCAAAGCUGUUUCUGAAAUGAGAUAGUUUUUUCUCACUAAAUGUUUUAUUUAAAAGUGAAUUUAAAAAAUAACUAAUAAGAUUGAAACCAUAUUGUCAAGCAGCUGCACCGGACAGAAAUGAUCAAUUCCUGCAUCCAUAUCCUCUGAUCAAGUCACAACAAUUUUUUUUUGUUUAAAGAUGAAGGUUAUGGCAGUGCCAGUUUUAUGCAGGUUUAGAUUUUAAAUCGGCUUGUGUUAAUGUAAAAUAUUAUCAGCAGUGAUCACUGCAUCAAGUAACUUUGAAAGAUUUGUGGGUUCUACAUGCACAAAGAUGUGCUAGCAUGUCUUUAGUUGCAUGUAUAUUCUUGAGUGCAUGGACAACAUUUUCCCAUCAGGGAUGAGCGGCAUGUGACAUCAGCAAAUAUUUGGUAAUUGAUAAGGUUCUAAAAGAUAUAUGUACAUAGCCAUUUUUCUUUUGGACAGAACGAGUCGUAAUGCUGCUCAAUCACUUUGAUUUCUCUGCGUUGUUUUCAGUAACAGUGUGCAAGGCCUCUUUGUUUGAAGAUUGAAAAUUCUAUUUUUCUUUCUUCUACUUCCAAGAACCAGUCAUUUUCUUCCUUAACUCGUAUGUUCUUUAUGAAGUAAUCUUUAAAACACUGAUGUCACAUAUUUCCUCCUGAAGUUCUUUAAUUGCUUUAAAUUGUUGGCUGUAUUUUUGUGUUCUUUUUGUGACCAAUGUCAUUAUGAGUGAAGAAACAAACAUUCAUUUUUAGUAGUGCUUUUCUUGAAUUAUUUUCAGUCUUUUUCCUCGGGUGAAAGGAAUAUAGAUCUUCUAGGUAGCAGCAUUAAUAUCUGUCUACGGUUCUGUCAGUAUUGGUGUAUUCCUGUGUCAUCAGGAUUUUCUCUUACUAACUGUUGGCUGCUGCAACUAGAGAUGCAUUUCUAGCAUGUGGUUACGAGGAACUAAGGAUGGUCAGAGACAUCUGUGGCCUGCAUCUCUGUUGUCCCUUUGCUGAUGGGAACCCUUGCUGGCUUUGAAAAAAUUGGGCUACACUUGCCAAGUUUGCCAUGAAACAGCUUAAGUUUCUAAACCUUAUCUAAAAUAAAGCAUUCAUCCACAUUCCACCUAGAGGUGAAUAGUCAAACGUACUAAGGGACUUUUUCAACUUUGGUAGUUCAGUCAGUUGUAUAUGGUACCAUUUUCAAGUAGGUAGGACAUUAGACUGGUCGGGUAAAUUAAGUCAUACUUAACAGUACUUUAACAUAUGAUACAUGUACAUGUUAAUGUGUACAAAUUAUUUAUAAUUCGUAUGUUAUUGUCUUAGGAUUUUUAGAAAUUGUCACUAUGAUGUAGGAAAGUUCCAUCAUGUAACAUGUAAAAAUUGCAUCCGUAGGUUGAGUGUUUUAUGUAUUUUCAUAACUAAAGGUACUGUAGAAUCUUUUUUUUUUCGAACGUGUGCCUUGUCUUCUCAUUCAUUUUUCCUCUGAUAACCCAUGCAUGUGAUAAGUUUUGCAAAAUUUGUAAAAGACAAUCCAUUUUUUUCAUUGUAAAAACUAACCAAAGGCAUCAGUUACAGUUUGGCAAGAAGUCUUGCAAUUCAAGACAUUUUAAAACCAGAUAAAUGAAAUGUUAUGAAUGGUCAUAAUUUUAGUCUUUACUAGGUAGAGUAUAAAAAAAGUAAGAUUCCAAGAAUAACAAUGAUAAUUUCUUCUGUGAAUCUUUGUACUUUCUUUUGUGCUUGUUUACUUUAGUUGUUUUCUUAAUGUGGUAUUACCUAAGGUUGCUUCAAGGAUCAAGGUCUCUGUUGUUCAGAAGUUGCUUGUUCCAGCUUUAGGAGGUUGUUAUGCUUUGCACUUGUUUACUGCCUGCAUGAAAUCAUGGCUUAUGGUUUAUUGAGGUACUUGUGUAAAGUAUAUAUGUUGAGGGCUAGCACAGCACAAGGAAGGUCUCUAUAAACACGUAUAUAGCAAUCGUCCUAAGCUUCUGAAAUACUCCAGCAUAAACACCAUUAUGCAUUGUGCUUUUAAUGAUUAUGAUAAUUGUUGUUGGUAGCAGUUAUUAUUGCUCAUUGUUAUUAAACUUUGUUUUUCUUUAAGGAAGAAAAACAAAAUACUAACGAUACUCUUGAAAAUAUUUUCAAAUUGUGUUUCUAAAUUUUCCCACGCUGAAAUCAACAACUGUCAGGAAAUACUAAAGCUUGUAAAAGUAUUGAUGUGUAGCACAAGACUGGCUGGCCGGGCUAGGGACAUACCCUGGGUUACACAGGAAGGACAGUUUGAAAGCUAGCAGUGAUGCAUGAUAGUAAUACCUCAUGCAGUGCACUGCUUUGAAAGCUAGCAGUGAUGCAAAUUGUAAUAAUAUCUCACACAGUCCUAUUUUCCUUCCUUUUCACAUUCUUCCAAUGCAGUGUUUGACUAGAGUUGCUGUUCCUUUAAAUUGUAAGGUCUUGCCUCUUUACCCUUAAAUACUAUUACUGUGGUUUACAUGUUCAGUAGGGAGAAACCAUUUGCUAGUUUGGCUUUGAAUCAUUUGUGUUGUGUCUACCACUCAUAACUAUAGUUUCCAAUAUGUUUAGAAUGUUUAUUGCCAUGCACUGAAAAUGCAGUGAUGUUUCAAUCUGUGACAUCAGAGUAUUAGAGUUAAACAAACCUGUUGUGCACACUAUCUUCCAAAAACCAGAAAAUAAUUUACCAUUUGUUGACAAUGUUAAAAGAGUAAAUAAAAGUUUCCUAUGAACAAUC